AUGACGAAGAAACGGUUACUUCGAAGAAAGUUACAACACAACCAUGUCCAAGUGAAACCCACUCGUUUUGGUGAUGCCCUUUUGGGAACAUGCAAUAUGACUCCAAGAGCUCGACUCAGACGGACGUCAGCCAUCAUCAUGUGUAAAUCAGAGCUGGGAAAGAUGAGGCUCUCCAAGCUCAUAAUGUUAUGCUUGGAGAGCCUCAUCUUUCCCGGUUCUGAUUUACACAUGAUGAUGUCUAACGAAGAAGAAGAAGAAGAUUUCCGCAGACAAUCUAUAAUCAUCAGCAAUCGAGAUCCCCCAAAAUCUCCGUCGUACUCGCCAGAAUCAUCUUCCCCAGAUUUUCCUCUUCUUCUCCAGCUUGAAGAAGACGACGACGACGACGAAAUGGCUACUUCGAAGAAAGUGAUAACACGUGAAGAAUGGGAGAAGAAACUAAACGCUGUGAAGCUCAGGAAAGAAGACAUGAACACACUUGUGAUGAAUUUUCUAGUGACUGAGGGAUUUGUAGAAGCUGCUGAGAAAUUCCAAAGAGAGUCUGGAACCAAACCAGAGAUAGAUCUUGCGACCAUCACAGAUCGAAUGGCUGUUAAAAAGGCUGUUCAAAACGGAAAUGUUGAGGAUGCUAUUGAGAAAGUGAAUGAUUUGAAUCCUGAGAUACUUGACACGAAUCCGGAGCUGUUUUUCCAUCUUCAGCAGCAAAGGUUGAUAGAACUAAUUCGACAAGGGAAGACAGAAGAAGCCUUGGAGUUUGCUCAGGAGGAGCUUGCACCACGUGGCGAAGAAAACCAAGCGUUUCUAGAAGAAUUGGAAAAAACUGUAGCUUUACUUGUCUUUGAAGAUGCCUCUAACUGUCCGGUUAAAGAUCUUCUCGACAUUUCUCACCGCCUUAAGACGGCAAGUGAAGUAAACGCAGCAAUUCUCACAAGCCAGAGUCAUGAAAAAGAUCCUAAGCUUCCAAGCUUGUUGAAGAUGCUGAUUUGGGCUCAGAAUCAACUAGAUGAGAAAGCAGUGUACCCACACAUAAGUGAUUUGUCGACUGGCAAGCUCGAAGACCCGACAGAAUAG